GUUUGUUGUUGUUUAAAUCUUGUUUGUCCCACAGGUCCGUAUAUAAAUUAUUAUGUCCAGGGCCUUGAGCAUAGCCUUUCUUUCCCCCAGUGAGAAACCCAAAAGCAAAGGUUACCCACCUCUGGGUUCAGUGUCUGAGCCUCCUUAUGCAUAGUCCUCAUCCCUCCCCAUACUAUGGACUGGGGUCAUCCCUAAUAUUUACAACCAGAAAUAAGAGUAUAUUACUCAAGAGGCUGAGGCAGGAGGAUCACUUGAGCUCAGGAGUUCAAAUCCAGCCUGGGCAACAUAACGAGCCUCUUAGCUCUAACAAAAUAAUAAAGAAAUAAACAUGGAGGCCUUUAGCCAGGCCCGAUAUCCUAGUAUCGUAGUUGACAAGUUCAAGCUCAAUCUGUAUUCCCCAGCAACCAUUCUUUAUUUGAUUGAUUGAUUGAUUGAUUUUUUGAGACAGAGUCUUGCUCUGUUGCCCAGGCUGAAAUGCAAUGGUGCAAUCUCAGCUCACUGCAAUUUCCACCUCCCAGUUUCAAGUGAUUUUCCUGCCACAGCCUCCCAUGUAGUUAGAAUUACAGGUGCGUUUCACCACGCCUGGCUAAUUUUUGUAUUUUUAUUAGACAGGGUUUCACCAUGUUGGCCAGGCUGGUCUCAAACUCCUGACCUCAGGUGAUCCACCUCUGAAAGUGCUGUUAUUACAGGUGUGAGCCACCACACCUAGCCUCUGACAGCCAUUCUUUCCUCACCCUUUGAGUGGCAAAAUCAGUCCUCAGGAGGAUAAAGCUGGGAGAGCAGCCCACUAAGGCUCUGGAAGCAAAACUGUGGUCAUUUGGGCAGAGAAUUACAGCACCCUGGGUGUCUAGAGCGUGAUCUAAACAGGGAGUCAAGGCCUUCUGUUCCAAAGGGAAGAGUGUGGCUAAAGGAGGGUCGGGUCAUGUCCCCUGUGGUUGGUAUUGCCUAUGGCCUUUCUCCCUCACCAUAUACUCAGUCCACACCCCUCCCUUCAGCUCCCUUUGUGCCUCCCCAAGUGAUAUCACUGGGGUGUAGUGUGUAUACAAAACAGCUGCCAAACAUGUGUUGCCAAAGCUUCUAAAGCAGGAAGAAGGGACAACAUGGAUUUCUCACCUUCACCUUCCAGACGGCCCCCGUUACUCCACUCACACUUGAGACUGCCUCGAACCCUGCUUCUCCUCAGUCUUUCACGUAUCUGACUUCCUGUCUUCUCCCAGGCCCUCACUCUACCUUCGCCUGCUCCCCUGCUCUCAUUCCAUGUCUGUUUGUGCAGCCUGAGGCUCCCCCUCCCACCUGGAGCCAUUCCUGGAUCAUCCUGGAGCUCCUGCCCCAUCCCUCAGAGCCCAAACUGCCUCUCUUGGAGAGAAGCUGUCAACUCUGUGACUGCUCCUGGCUGAGUUAGUGGGUGCAGGGUCCAGUCCACACAGGACUGGGGACUAUUUGGGCCCUGAGGAUGGUGAUAUUCUGAGCUCAAACCAUUCCCUCAGGCAGAGAGCCUGGCAGCGUUCUAGGGAGGUACCUCCUCCCCACUUCGCAGUGACAGGGAGGCGGCUUUUGUAGUCAGGCCAUCUGCCUUCUCUGUCUCCCCACCUCCCACCAGCAGCCCUUUCUCUAGGCUUGGCAAGGUUUCCCCGAAGGCUGGACGUAUGUACAAGGACUCCCUUAGCUCUGGGCAAGGACCAUUUUUAAUUUCUCCACUUUGACCUUCCUGCCUCUCUAGUCUGUAAACAUCAGAGGCAGCCUUUCCUAUACCACCUCUUCCUUCCAUACCACAGUAUCUUCCUAGGGACCCCCUUGAGCUGUCUGGCUCACUGCAAGCACAGGACCCCAUGAUAAUCCUCCAAAGAGUGAAAAGAGAGAUGCUAACAUUUCCUUUGGGUGUACAACAAAUAACCCUCGGCCCAUCUCAAAGCCCCUUCCUACUUCCCCCACUUUCUUUGGCUGUUCAUUCCCUCCCAACAGGGACAGGGGCUGAGCUUCCACCUCUGCUGUCCUAGCCCCGAGCCCCAAGCUCUUUCUUCAUCUUGUUGGCUACCCUGGCUAGAGAGAGAACAGGGGCAGGUGGAAGUCAACCAGUCAGAGUGACAUGGCAACACCUGGAGAAGUGUCAGAAAAGUAGCUAGGCCAGAGUGAGGUAAGAGGCAGCGAGAAACAGGAUUCUGGGUACCCAAGGGGAAGGGGACAUUCCUUAUCUAUCUAGGCUAGAAAACAGUAUAAGGAAAAGUGGCAAGAGUCCAGACCCAAAAACCCAGAAACAUUGAAAUCGUUGGUAAGCAUACAAGGCACUGAGGGUGUCAGCCUCCCUUCUCUCCAUAGGGAAACUGAGUCAUUCCUUUUCCCGAAGUGGAACAUUUUUCUCUGGAAGCUUGCCUGGGUCCCCCCACUAUGGGCAGCAGGUGGAUGGGAAAAGAAAGACAGUCACUCCCACACACUCAUACACAGCUGGCUCCAAACCAGUUUCCUCCCCAUACCAGUCACCAAAGCAAAAUCCCUGCUUUCUAUCUAUCUGGGGGAGGGGGUAAUGGAAAAGAGGCUGCAAGGUGGCUGCACCUCAGGGACUCAGCUCAGGGUGUCACUUCCACCCACAGCGCCUGUCCCCCACAGGUGCUGUCUCUGUCUUCCCACUGCCCCUGGAGAGUGAAAGGCAGAAUUUGAAUCAACUCUUGGAGUGGCUUCCCCUCUAACACCCGGAAGGAUGGCCUUCCUUCUCCAUAUUCCUCGCACAGAGAAGAGAGGCCUGUGAUCCUGAGGCCUGGACCAGACAGUGGCUGAGUAGCGAGUGAGAAUUACACAGGACAUCGGUCCCCACCUCCAGAGCCCACGCCACAAGCCAGGCACCGUUCCCACAGACUUGCUCCCUCUUCACAAUACCCUAAGGGGUAGUGGUGAUUAUUACCUGAAUUUUACAGAUGCAGAAAGAUUCUGGCACUAGAAGCUUCCCAGAGGACUGGUCUCUAUCCCCUUCUCAGAGUUCCAGAACGUUCCCAUUGCUCCAGAAGAAGACCCCGUGAAAACACGGAGCGGUCACUCCCCACGCACCCUCCCCUGAGCCCGCAGGAGCCUCUGAUCUGCUUUCGAUCCAGGGCAGGACGUGGGGGCUUUUGUGUGAAAACAAGUCUCAAGUGGGCUCUGCAGCAGAAUGCCAGCCUGGCAUACACUUCCAGCCUCGGUGAGUGGCAUCUAAGAAACGUGGCUUGGGUGGGCAGGGACCUUCCCCCACCCCCGACCUCUGCCUCAGCCCCCCCGGCCUCAGCUGCUCCAAGACUUAGAGGCACGGAAGCCCUGGGAUGGCCUCCUCAGGGUGUGCUGGGGAGGGCUCUUUGCCAUGUUCAGAACUUGCCCCUGCCUGGCUCCCCUGAAGCUCACCUGAGCCUCUCUGAACCCCUAGGUGACAGGGAAAGAAACCCUCAGAUGGACUAUCACGCACCCUCCCCCCACCGGCCCCAGGCAUUGAUGGGGGGGUGGCAUUUUCUCUUCAUUCCUCUAGGGGCCCUGGCUCCACUCCGCUUCCCACCCCUCCUGCCCCCUCCAGAGCAGGUGUGACCAUGUGAUCAAUACGGAGCUGGUCAAUCCAUCUGUCCCUCUGCUUGGCUGAGGCAGCUGGCAAUGAUGACCACCUUGGGACCCCACAUGUGCCCCCAAGACUGUGGCAUGUAUCACCCCUUCAUUGCACAGGUGGGGAAAUCGAGGCCUCCAGUGGGGUCAGGCCUUCCCAAAGUUCUCAGCAAGUCUGUGGGGUGGGAAGGGGUGGAAACCCGCUCAGCUGGCCCCUCUUUCAGACAUCAUGUCUGUGACACGUGUGGUCCUGGGCGCCCUGUGUCCCCGUGGCCAUGCCCCAGGGGUCCUGAAGUGCUAAACCACAGAUUCAUUAAAUGCUGACUGAGUGUCUGCUCUGAGCUGGACAACAGGCCCAUGUAUCCAGGGAGGCGUAAGCCAGGGACCCUGCCCUCAUGACGGAGCUGAUGGUCUCAUUGGGAGCUGGAUGACACUGAGAUGUCAGGUGGAAGUGAGCACUGGGAAGAAAAAUCAACCCACAAAAUGGGAAGGAAAAGGUCAGGGAAGGCCUCUUGGAGGAGACGGCAUUUGAGCAGAUGCCUGAAGACAGUGUGGGAGUGAGCCACGAGACACCAGCAGGAAGAGCUUUCCGGGCGGGGAGCAGCAGUGCAAAGGCCCUGUGGUCGGCGGGUGCUUAGCACUCGAGAAAGUUGCUUCAGAGCCGGCAGAGCUCAUAGGUCUGGCCCCUACUGCAGACACUCAGCCUGGCUUCCAUGGAUUCAUUCUACCUACUUUAAACAUGCCAACUAGGGGCCAGCAUUUUCAAAUCUGAAAUUUGUUUCCAUAAAAAGUCCCGAUUUCCAGCCUUUCUUAAGGAAUUGAGACCUAGAGUCAGGAGCGUCCACCCCUUCGGCCUGCAAUUCCUCCCCACUUGCCUCUCCUCCUUCACCCUCUCGCUUGAGUCCUGCGAGGACCUGGGUGCGUGGCCCUGGCAGGAGGAUGUGGACAGUGCACAGAUGGCACCUGUGUCAUCGCAGAUUUCUGCUUCUUUUUUUUUUUUUUUUUUGAGAUGGAAUUUCAUUCUUGUUGCCCAGGCUGCAGUGCAAUAGUGUGAUCUCGGCUCACUGCAACCUCUGCCUCUCAGGUUCAAGCCAUUCUCCCGCCUCAGCCUUCUGAGUAGCUGGGACUACAGGUGUGCGCCACCACGCCUGGCUGAUUUUUGUAUUUUUAGUAGAGAUGAUCUGCCUGCCUCGGCCUCCCCAAGUGCUGGGAUUACAGGCGUGAGCCACUGCACUGGGCCAGGUUUCUGCUUCUUUAUCUUCAGCCUGGAGAAAAACAUUGUUGAUUGAAGCCAGGUUGCCACCCAACAAGGCAGGACUGAAAGGUCACCGAACAGUCUUGACAAGGUGCUCCUGGUUAUCACCCAUCGCUGGCAGUUUGCAGCAAUCUCUCCACCUCUGGAAAGUCGGGGGUGGUUGGGCCUUGCUGGGCUGGGCUGCCCUUCAUUAAAGUCUCGGGCAGGUCACUUUGUCACUUGGUCAAGGUCCUCCACACCUCUGUGCCUGUUUUCUUGUCUGGAGAAUGAGAGAAAUGAACACUGGGCUGCCUAGCUCAGGACAGAAACAAGAGCAGUCAGGGGCCUUGAUGGUAAGACAGAAUGUUUCGGGACAUGCCAGCCCUCAGGUUUCAGCCAAACCCAAGCUGGCAUUCAGGGCCCCUGAGGUCUCAGCUCGGAUGUACCCAGUGUCCAUCCCCCUUCCUUCUUCCCACCUGGGGCCCCAGCCCCCUGGCUGAUCUCCCACCCUGCAUCCAUUCACUGUGCAACGUCUGCUUUUGAGCAACUGAUGUAGACCAGGCCCCUGCUAGGAUGCGUGGUGGGUCGGGGCUUGGGCAGGCCCCUGGGACCGGCUGCUGCAGGCCAAGCUGUGCUUCCCCCAUCUGAGCCUGCCAGGUGGGCCCCUGCUCUGACCCCUCAGGUCACUUCCCAGCAUCCUUUGCUCUCAGGCUUCUGCAUUUGGUGGUGGUGGGGGAAGGGGGCACGUCUCUCCUUGGAUGACCUCCUUGGCAGUAGCCACAUCCCCCGCUUGGCUCCAGACACCCCUGAAGAGGCUCCAGCUCUCCCUUCCCAUGAUACAGCCCCUGGGACUGGCGACCCCACUGCUUUCCUCCCUGCCGCCAUCCCAGUCUGGAGGCUGUUUCAAACGGAAGACCAAGCCUCUGCGGGAGCCCCGACCAGGCCCUAAGCCAGCUCCAGAGGGCUUCCUGGAGAAGAGUUUUGGCAAGAGUAUUCAAGGCAGAAGAGACAGCCUGGGCAAAAGCCUGGAGGUGGGGAAACUGAGACCUCCUGGAGGCCAAGGCAGGCUGGAGGGAGGGAGGAGGACAAGGCAGGUCAUCAUGGCAGGGCUGCUAGGCCUUCCCCAGGGCCACACUAUGACUUUCAAGCACCCAGGGCACUUUGGCCUAUAUGAGUCCCUUUCUCCAUAAAAAAAACACUAACACAUAUACUUUAUGACUUCAUUGGAAUAGAGAGAAACAUAAUUCGUUAGUCAUCCAUUCACCCAUUCAUUCCCUGUCCAUCCAUCUAUCCCUCUAACUCCAUUCACUCACCUAGCCAACCACUCACCCAUCCAUCCAUCUAUCCCUCCAUCCAUCCCUCUAUUCAGCCACCCUCCAUUUAUUCACUGACCCACCCACUUAACUCAUCCAUCCACUCACCCACCCAUCCAUCUCUCCAUACACCCAUCCAUCCACACAUCUUUACCCACUCAUGCAUGCAUCCAUUCGUCUAUCCAUCCACCCACCCAUGCAUCUACCCAUUCAAAAUCCACCAACUCUUUCACCAAUUCUCCCACCCAUUCAUUCACCCACUCAUUUAUUCAUCCAUCAAUUCAUUCAUCUACCCACCCACCCAUCCACUUACCCAUUUGUCUGUCUGUCCACUCACACAUCCAUCCAUUCAUCCUACCCACCCACCCAUUCACUGAUCCAUUCAUCGAUCUGUGCAUUCCAUUCAUUCAUCCACCCAGCAUGCAUCUGCCCAUCCACGCAUCCAUGCACCCUCUCACCAAUCCACCCAGCCAUCAUUCAUCCAUCUAUCCAUCCAUCCAUCCAUACAUACAUCCAUACAUCCAUACAUCCAUACAUCCGUACAUCCAUCCAUCCAUCUGUCCAUACAUACAUACAUACGCACAUCCAUCCGUCCGUCCAUCUGUGUCUGUCCGUCCAUCCAUCCAUCUGUACAUCCAUCCAUCCCUCCAUCCUUCCAUCUGUCCGUCCAUCCAUCCAUCCAUCCAUCCAUCCGUACAUCCCUCUUAGCUCCUCUGCUCACCCCAUUCGGUUGUCUGUCUGCCUGCGCAUAUACUCACCCACCUGCCCAUUCAUCCAUCUACUCACAUUCCCUCUGUUUCCAUUCUUCAUUAUUUGCUACAUCAGCCUCUGCAAUCAUCUCUUCUCUCUGGAGAUUUUUCUAGCUUCUGAUCCCAACCUUCCCAUCACAAGCCCUCUCUUCACUUCCCAUUGCUCACAGACCCAAACCCAAACUUCAGACUCAGCUGGCUUUCAAAGCCUUGAAUCUAUCUUGUCUCCUCUCACUGCUUCCACUGUGGACCUGGAAGUUGUGUGGGGCCUGGGCACUGUGCCUACUGUGCCCUCCCUGGCCUUCUUUGUCAGCUGGGGCCUGUACCUGGGGACUUGAAUCCAGAGAGGAGAGGUGAAGCAUGAACAUGGGAACAAGAGAGGAAAAGGUGAAUGGGACCUGAUUAACGCACCAGCCUCAGCUCCCCACCGGUAAUGAGGGGAUGGAGUGCCUAUGUCCUCCCCACAAUCUAGGCUGCUUUCUGGGCUCCCUGAGCUGCCGUGAGGGCCAAGGUGGUGGGGAUCAUGGAGGGGGCUGAUCACUCUUCCCUCUCUCCUGCCACUUACCCCUUAACAGCCUGGCUGACCUGGAACAGAACGGAAGGGCCUGCUGUGGGAGGAGCAGCCCCAUUAGCACUGUUCCCAGCCCCUAGGGAGGCCAGGGGUCACCACAACCCAGCUGCAGGGCCAUUAGCAGCUCAUUAGCCCUGUCCCUCCCUCCCAGCCCCCACUCUGGCUCCAUUCACGACCUACCCUUCUUGGCAGACCUUCUGCCCCUUCACCAACGCCCCCCACCACAGGCCUCAGAGGCCCCAUCCAAGGUCAAGGUGUCAAGUUCCAGUGAGCAUGGGCAGGGCUGCAGCUGACCAUUGCAGAGCUGGGGAGGACAAAGGAAAUCCAGGUGUAAGUGGCAGCUGGACCCACCCAUCUCUGAGGCAGGUAGUGAUGGCCAGUGGAGCACUGUGUGGGCUGCAGGGCCAGUAAUCCAGGCGCCUAUGUCAUCUUUGCCAAGAAGGGGUUGCAUUGCUGAUUUCUGACUGUCUCCCCUAGUGUAUGUGAACUACCCUUAUGGAGGGGCUGUGCCCCAUCAGUCAGUCAAUCAACAAAAGUUUGUUGCACUAACAAAGCAUCAAACCUGGUGUGGGAGAGCCCUGACCUUAGGCUCUCCUGGUUACAGAAUUCAUUCAUUCACUAACGGAUAUUUAGUGAGUGCUCACUGCAUGCCAGGCACUGGAACACAGCAGGGAGAGAGACUCCAGUAGAGGAGGCGACAGUGAACACAGAAAGCAAUCAGUGGGACAAUUUCUGAAAGGAAAGGGCUGUGCAGGAGAUGAAGCAGGCAUCAGGAGACAGGUGUGGGGUGGCUGCUGUUGUCUGAGGGUUUGGGGAGGCCUCUUCCAGGAGGCCGGGUGGUGAGAAGGAGCCUGCCAAGUGGAGGACAAAGGCUGAAGGUCCCGGGCAGUGGAUGCCAGGUUCAAGGGUCCCGAGGUGGGGGGGAAGCUAGCAAGCCCUUGAGGCUGGGGGAGAGGGAGGGAGGUGGGAGGUGGGAGGUGGCAGAGGGAGGUUGUCGAUUCUCCCUGCUAUGCUAAGCCUGCAGGCUCAGGUCUGACUCCAGUCUCCCAGAAGUCCCUUGGCUGUGCGUGAGGCCCUCAGAGGCAGCAGGAAGGCCUGCGGGUGUGGGGGCACUGCCUGUGUCCUGGCAACCAUGGGGGCUUCAGCCAGGUGUGGGGAGCAAAGAGGGGACUUGCAUCUGCUGGGAUCUGAGCAGCCAGGAGUCAGAAUCCUUGUGAAACUCAACAUCAGACUCUCCGCAUUAGAAUUAGAAUUAGAAGCUCUUAGCCCUGGCAUUCCAGGCUGGCGGGAAGCUUGGCAGGGGCCUCACAAUCUGGGCUGAGCCACACCCUGAAGCGAGCUGUCCCACCUGGAACACGUACCAGGCCGUGGAGGGCCUGACCCUGCCUGACCUGAGUUUCUUUGUUCCUCAUGAGGACCUGAUGAGACAGAUGCCAUUCUUCUCCCCAUUACCUAGAUGAAGUCACUUGUUCCAGGUCACUCAGGAAGGGAUAGGGGUUCCUGACCUCUGGGUGGGGUCAGCGUGGGGAGGAGGAAGGUGUGGCAGAGAGGGCGUGUGGCUGGAACACUAUUGUUAGCACUGCCUGCCCUGCGUGCCAGGGGAGGGGAAUCAGAGACGGCCUUCAGGGGAGGGAGAGCAGGAAGUGAUGUCUUAAUUGAGAUCCUCAAGGAGAAACAGCGUUACAAGCGCUCAAUUAUUUUAUAAUGAGAGUGUGCAGGGAGAGCCACAGACAUUUUCCAAGCUGAAGUGUGCGCAAGCAUGCACGUGUGUGUGUCAGUGUGUGUAUACAUGUGUGCAUGCCUGCAUGUGUGCAUGUGUGCGUGCAUCCAUGGGCGAGUGUGUCUGUGUGCAUGUGUGUGCAUGCAUGCAUGUGUAUGUGUGUAUACGUGCAUGCAUGUACGAGUGUGAGUGUGUGCAUAUGUGCAUGCAUGUAUGUGUGUGCAUAUGUGCGUGCAUGCAUGCAUGCACGUGUGUGUGCAUAUGUGCAUGCGUGCAUAAAUGCAUGCAUGUGUGUGUCGGUGUGCAUAUGUGUGUGGUGUGUGCAUGCAUGUGUGCGUGUGCAUAUAUGCAUGCAUGUAUGUGUGCAUGUUCACGUGCCCACAGGCGUGUGGUGCUGACUGGCAGGGUGGGACUGUCCCUUUCUUCUGGUUUUGAGGAGAGGGCCCCUCGCGUGUGCUGCCUUCUGCCCCACAACGCUUCUUGUGGUCCUUCCAGCCCACAAUGAGCCACCAGUGCGAGAAUUUCAGCCUUUGCUGGACAGGCAGAUACUGGGGCCUCAACAGCCCUUCCAGGAAGGGGACACCUUGGGGAAAUUCCCCUAAACAUUGAGACCCUUUCUCCUUGCUGGGUAGAAAGGGGCCUGGCUGUGAGCAGAGGCUGCACUGGGAAGGAAGGACCACACUCAGGUCCACUGGGGCCAGGACGAAAUUGACCACCCUGCCUCAGCUCCCCACAGUGCUCCUGAUGAGACCCCAGCUCACCUGGGGCACCUCUGUGACCUGCUGCUGCCCUGUGAUCCUGCCCCAUGCUCAUCCAGCCAGGUUCCUGCUUCCAGGCCUAUGCUUCGCAACACCUUGGCUCUGUUCAGAGCUGAAAAGCCUCCUGUCUCCCACUUCCUGGCCUGGUUCAACUACUUCCUCUGCAGCAAAGCCUUUUUGUUUACCUCACCCCAACAGGGAGUCCCCAGCAGGUCCCUGGGUAAAUCAGCCCCUGCCAGGCUGCUAGGUCCCUGCAUCUCUUUCAUGGAGGUUGGGCUAAACUUGAGGAAUUCUGAAGUGAAGGUUUCCACAGCAGUGGGGUAGGGGCCCUUUCCCCUGGGUGCUCUGGGGAGGGCUCGGCCCCCCAGCAUAGCCUGAUCCUGGGCUGAGGCAAAAUAGAGCAAGACAGUAUUGUUUCUAUUUUACAUUGAAAAUGUUACAUUUCAAGCUAACUUUUGAAACAUGAUUUUGUAUUCACAGCUACAGGUGGGACUGAAACAGCAGCUGAGGAGGGGGAGGUGGACUGAGAAGGUUGCUGAAAGGGGCUUGGGACCAGCAGGGUGGGGGAGGGGGGCCCUCCACUUCCCUAUCUGUGAAAUGGAGAUGCUAAUGCUAAUUGUCCUCCUGGUCCCCAGGCCAAGAUGAGGCCUCCAGGGAGGGAGAAGCUGUCAUUACUGAGGCUCAGCAGUUCCUGAGAAUGGCUGCAAUGGCACUGAGGAGGGAGUGGUGGGGGGUGGGGGUGGGGGAGCAGCCCAGCACCUCUAGACAAGGGUGGGGUCCCCUUGGAGUCCUUUCCACUGCCUUCCCUAGCCUCAGGGACCAGGUGUCUGGUUGCAGCUGCUGGAGUGGAUGGAAGGACUUCCUGACCCCCAGCUGGAGCGGAGACCCCCAGCGCUGUCACCCAAGGCCUGUAGAGGCUGGGGGCGGCAGCUUGAGACUGCCAGGGCCUCGGAGCUCUGGGUGGGGAGGAUUAUACAGUUUAACAGGUGCGGAGUGGGGCACCCAGAGGCCUGGGAAGAGAAGGAGGGAGCCCCGGCCAGGCCUCAGUCACUCACUGGCACAUUCAUUCUUGGCUCACCGAUUCUCUUGUUCGCAUCUGUUUCUCCCCACCUUCAUCUCAGCAAAUGUUUCCCAUUGCCUUCCACAGCCAAGCCCCUACCAAGUGCCGAGUGCUGGGGGUGCAGACACAGCCUCUGUCCUUUGGCACCUCCAGUCAGUGGGGGAGGCAGAUGCAUUCCAGGGACCAUCGAAGAGAGCAAGUGCACACAGCCACCCUGAGGGCCUGCAGGG